GCUCGCUGGGGGGAAAGAGCGGAGGGCGCCGGCGCUGCUGCUCCUGCUACUACUACUAUUGCUAUUGCUACGCCGAGGAAGAAGCGAGCGCCGCCGAAGCAGCAUCGCCCGCUCUCUGCGCCGCGCCAGGACGCGAACGUAGCCCGGGCACUGGGGGCCAGGGACGCUUCAGCGACGUGGGCUUGCCACCGGCGGAGGAAGGGAUAAACGGGGGGAAUAAGAGCGCGCCCCGCAUUGUUUUCUCUCCCCCCCAUAAUAAAUAUCGAAGGCUGUGCCUAACACUGUGAAGGGCCAUCAUGUCUGACCGAAAGGCGGUGAUCAAGAAUGCGGACAUGUCCGAGGACAUGCAGCAGGAUGCUGUAGAUUGUGCCACGCAGGCCAUGGAGAAGUACAACAUUGAGAAGGACAUUGCGGCAUACAUCAAAAAGGAAUUUGACAAGAAAUACAACCCCACUUGGCACUGCAUCGUAGGCAGGAAUUUUGGCAGCUACGUAACGCACGAGACGAAGCAUUUCAUCUAUUUCUACUUGGGCCAGGUUGCAAUUCUCCUCUUCAAGUCGGGCUAGGAGGCGGGCAGACGGCGGGGGGGAUGGGAUGAUGGCGGCGGCAAGCGAGGAAUACGGACUGUAGUGCACUGAAGGCGGGGGCCCAGGAUUCCUUAAACCAUGGUUGCACCGCUGCAUGGGACUGUAUACUAUAUUUAAUGUGUAUAUGUUGCAGUAAAAACACCUACAAUUCUGUUUUGUUUUCUUUGUUGCCUGGGGGAAGAAAGGCAGUGUCUUGUUCCUUUAUUCCUUGUUCCUUGUUUUUGGUUUCUGCUUAUUAAUUUUUUUUGUCCUUUUGCACUAGGAGAACUGUAUUAAAAAAAAAAAAAGCUUCAGCAAUGGCCUUUAAGUGGGAAGGAGAAUUGAAAUAAAAGUAAUAUCUAAAAUUCCACAA